AUGUUUCUCUCCUCACUCUUCGUAGCUUUCUUACCGGUGCUGGGCGCCAUUUGUGACGAAUUUGCGAAUGACGAUGUUAGGUCUGGGGCCACUUCACACGCGUCUUCCACUAGCCGACGAUACCGUCAUCGAAAGGUGGGCUCUAUGUCUGAGAAGUGUUAUUUCUUUGACGUUGGGCCUUGGCGAAGCAUUCCCUUAUAUGGGAUUCGAUGCCAUCAUGAGCGUAUCAGUCGAUCGCCUGCGAGAUCCGGCGGGCGUAAGACCGCCCCUCAGACGCAAGCCAACCAGACUGACACCAGCGGAAACACCACCGCAUCAGUGGCUUCAGCGAACACUACUGUGUCGCCGGAUUCGUCGACUUCGGCGCCAGUCACUCCAAGCGAUAAUUCCACCGCACUGCAGAAUUCGUCUACUUCGGCAUCAUCAGCGGAUGUGAGCGACAACUCCACGGCGAGUCAGCCAUCCAAUACCUCGACAGUUUCCACACCUGUUGCAUCAGGAAAUGCAGCAGCGCCCGCGGCCGUCAUGGGUUUAGACAGCAGCCAUCUUAGUCAUAAUGGUCUCUCCCUUGGAUUCCUUCCAGACGGCGGUGAUGCCGGGGGGACUAGACAAACUAUGGCUGAUAUCAACUCCGCCGUCGGUCAGGUUUCUUCCGUCUACGGCUGGUAUGGCCAGGCUGUCAGCGGGACACUCUUUGAUGGCGCUCAACUCACCGCAGUCAUCGAUGACGUCAAAGCGUCCGGCGCUGUCUUCCAACCGGCAGUCAUGCCUGUGCAAGGCUGGAAGGGAUUAACCAGCUCGGACAAUAGUCAAGCUGUGGCGAUCGCGCAAGUAAUGAAGAAGUUUACUGAUCAAGGCAUUCCAGUUUGGCUUCGUUUCGCCCAUGAGAUGAACUAUUAUCAAACCGAUGGGACCUACGUCGGCAAUGCGGCGGAUUUCAAAGCUGGCUGGGCCGCCGUCGCCGCUGCUUGCAAGAGCAUUGCACCCGACGUGAAGAUGUGGUGGACGCCCAACGUUGCUUCUGCGGAAAACUACGCCGAAUAUGAGCCCGAUGACAUGUCUACCGUCCAUUUGGUUGGCAUAGAUUUCUAUCCUAAAUCGCUCCAAACUGGUAAAGAAUUCCUCGAUACCAUGAAGCCAUUUCAUGAUAAGUAUGCCGUGGAUGGGCGCAUGUUUGCCAUUGGUGAGACUGGGCUCGGCUACGCAGGCACGCCCGCCGAGCGGUUUUCUUGGCUCUCCCAAGUGACCGCGGCCAGGUCGGAGAUGAAGAACUACGUUUCCGCCGCUUGGUUCAACUACCUCAAAGAUUAUGACUAUCAGAUCGUCUCCUUAAAAACACCUUCGUUGACGUCAGACCUCAAGAGCUUUCUUGCAGCCUCAUAG